AUGGUCACUACCACAUUCACACCCGCUUUCGUUGCUGCAGAGUUUCGAAACACCCUCGGACUUGGCCGAUCCAUGGCUUUCCUCGUCGUUAUCGCUAAUCGUGGCAAUUUUAUCGGUCACGAGAAGAAUGAGAUCACAAAGGGAUGCGCUCUUGAACUCUCGCGUAUCUAUGACUCUUUUUGCGGAACUCAAAGUCAACAAGCGUAUCGAGUCUUGCAAGAACUGUGA